AUGGGUGCAGGGGACGAAGAUGUUGGUGGAGGAGCCGAACCUACCAGCUCACACGCUGCUCACGAUGGUGCUGGCAUUUCCACUGGCUCAGAAAAUCCUAUCGGUGGAGACGAGUACCAGACUGAAGUACGUGACGUCCGCGCUUGGGAUGAGACCGUGUCAGGUUUCGUCACACUCGACGACUUGGUACCGCACGGAGCAGCACGCUCUGCCAUCAUGGAUGUGGUCAAGAGGCUGAACGAUGGCAAGAAGCAACGCCUGCAGGCCUUCCUGAGGUCCUCCAGGGAGAAAGAUCGCCGCGCAGAACAUGAUCCACAGUGUCUUACGUGUCGCCACAUCAACUUCAAGGCCACCGAGUGCAAGGAAAAUGGGUUUCCAGACGACAAUCACGCGUGCCAUGUCUGUAUAGCCGAGAAGGCCAACCAUCCCUGCUGCAAGCUGUACAGGGAGCCCAGCAGCAAGUGGUAUAUCGGCUUUCUUCCGCUGCCACCGCCAAUCGCGAGUCGAACGCGCCGCAAGACAACAAGUACUGGGUGGCGACGAAAGUCAAAGCCUCUAAGGCCAAAACUGCCGCACCGGCUCGCCAUUCGGAGCGUAACAAGAAGAAGAGUCAGGCAUGAGCAACGUGAGGGCUUCCAGGGUGGUCUAUGA